AUGGCUGUUCAAGUCCCGCAGAAGUGCACUGUUCUCGUCAUCGGAGGCGGCCCGGCGGGCUCAUAUGCAGCCGCCGCUCUAGCUCGGGAAGGGAUAGACACGGUCCUGCUAGAGGCCGACAAGUUUCCCCGAUACCACAUCGGGGAAAGCACGUUGCCCUCUUUGCGCAACUUUUUCCAGUUCAUAGACUUUUACGACGAGUUCAAUGCUCACGACACUGACUUCAUCGCGGCUGGCGGGCCGGAAGGAUACGCCUGGAACCUGGUCCGAUCUGAAUCGGAUCAUCUACUCUUUAAGCAUGCGGGAACAUGCGGCGCUCACAUCUUUGACGCGAUAAAGGUCGACAAGAUUCGCGUUGAGCCAUUCCCUUCUGAGACGAGUCAUACCUCUGACGAAAUGUGGGAAGGAAGCAAGGUGGUACAGCCUGGCCGACCCGUCUCUGCCACGUGGGUGUCCAAGGAGGGCGGCGGUACAGGGACCAUUGCCUUUGAGUAUCUGAUUGAUGCCAGUGGGAGGCACGGCAUCUUGAGCACCAAAUAUCUAAAGAGCAGGAAGUUUAACCGGAAUUUCAAGAACAUGGCGAGCUGGGCGUAUUGGAGGAGUGACAGUCUUUACGGGGUCGGGACGCAUAUGGAGGGCGCACCCUACUUUGAGGCGUUGCAAGAUGCUAGUGGCUGGUGUUGGUUCAUGCCACUCCAUGACGGGACACGCUCCGUGGGUAUCGUCCAGGAUCAGGCCACAGCAUCGGAGAAGAAGAGAAACAACCCCGGAUCCCAGUCUACCCUCGACUUCUACAUGAGCUCCCUUGAGCUGGCUCCUCGGACCAAGGAGCUCCUCUCAGGGGCAACGCUGGACUCCGACGUCAAGUCUGCGUGCGAUUGGUCGUACACGUCGACCACGUAUCACCUGCCGUACGCGCGUAUAUGCGGAGACGCGGGCUGCUUCAUCGAUCCCCUGUUCUCUUCCGGCGUCCAUUUGGCUAUCACGGGGGGGCUGUCUGCGGCGGCUACGAUUUCCGCGUCCAUCAGGGGACACUGCGACGAGGCGACUGCGGGCUCUUGGCACUCCAAGAAGACGGUUGAGAGCUAUACGCGCUUCUUCUUGGCGGUGAGCAGCGCUACGAAGCAGAUCCGCUCUCAGGAGGAGCCAGUGAUCCAGGAUAUCGACGAGGAGGGCUUUCAGCGCGCGUUUGAUCUCCUCCAACCAAUUAUCCAAGGCACCGUCGAUUCCGAUCCGACCGGCAAGUUAUCAAAAUCGGAAAUCUCCAAGGUCCUCGAGUUUUGCUUCAGGGCGUUUGCAUAUGUUGCACCGGAGCAAAAGGACCUCCUCUUCGACAAACUCAAAGCCCUCGGCGUCGAAGACGAAAGAGCCAACACCAUGACGGAAGGUGACCUCGUGGACAUAUACAAACAUCUAACGGAUGACGAGCGUCGCGUGGUAGACACGUUGCGGAGCAGACGCAUGAUACGCGAGGAUCCAUUCGAUAUUGACAGCUUCACACUCGAUGUCAUUGAUGGGCUGGCGCCGAACUUGGAGAGGGGCAAUCUAGGGUUGAUCCAAUCCGACAAAUCACACCUCAACAGAUCGCAUUUCUUCUCCCCGGCUUUUCUUGACGGCAAAGUACCCGGUAUUAGAGAGGAGAGCGCCCAUCCCCUCGUAUCUAGCUAG